UAUGGAUGAGUUUGCUUCGUUGUGUUGUUGAUGGGUUUCCCUUCGACGAAACCUCUUCGUGACUCGUUUGUGACCUGCAACCUGCGAAGACCAGCGACCUGCGACAGACGACAACUUCUGUAACUUCGUGAUUCCCCCUCUCUCACUGUUCUGUAACUUCUGUUCUAAGCUUUAUUUACCACAACAGUGUUUAAUCUUGGUUGGUGUUGGUACUAGUUGCAAUGGAAUUCUCAGAUGAAUGGAAGCCCUUCUUCCCGAUAGGUGCAUCCACUGUAUCCCCCCUUCUUCUAUCUGAUUCUGAAUCUGCUGAAAUGGGACUGGGUCCCCUCCUCUUUAACCCUGAUCCUCACUCACUCACCCUUCUCUUCUCUUCAACCUCUCUCUUGCCCCCUCUUCAUCUCCCUCCUCACCUCUUACCCUCUCGCUUCCUUCUUUCCUCUGACCCUUCUUCUGUUCUUCCCUCCACCGCUUCCUCCAUUGCCUCCCUUUUUACUUCCCACCAUGAAAAUGACACUGGUUCCUAUUUCCUCCACACUCGCAUCCACCUCCUCAAGUACCCCAAUUGCCCAAACGUCGUUGUUUUCUUCCCAACUGGUGUCAAUGAUGAGAAAGUUGGGUUUUUUAUGCUGCAUGUUAAGGAUUCCAAAUUGCAUAUUCAGCUUGACAGCAAUGGCGAUUUUUUUCAGGCUGCUAGUGGAUCCUCACACCGAAUCUUGAGGAUUUCACUGAACCCAGUUGCUGAUUUUGGUCUUGGAAUCUCUUGUUUGACAGAUAAUCCUUCCCCUGUUAUUGGGUAUUUGUUGGUUUCUACGCUCUAUUCUGUUCAUUGGUUUGCUGUGAAGCACAAUUUGAUUUUGGAGAGGCCCAAUGUGUUUUAUCUUGGUGGUAAAGUAUUCAAGACUUGCCCUGUUGUGCAUGCUUGUUGGAGUCCUCAUAUAUUGGAAGAAAGCCUGGUUCUGCUAGAAAGUGGUCAGUUAUUCUUGUUUGAUUUGGAGUCUCAUAGUUCAAGUGCGAGUUUCAAGGGGACUAGGUUGAGAGUUUCAUGGAAUGAUUUGGGUAUUUCUGAAAACAUGGCAUGGCUGAGUUGUGAAUUUAGUUGGCACCCAAGGAUUUUGAUUGUUGCACGAUCUGAUGCCAUUUUUUUAGUUGACGUGAGAUUAAAAGAAUGUAAUGUGAGUUGCCUAAUGAAAAUUGAGACAUUGCGUAUGUAUGCUCCAAAUGAAAAUGAGCAGUUUCUUGCCUUGUCAAGGGCUGGUCCUGAGAACUUCUUCUUUACUGUGGCUUCUAGCAGUCUUUUACUUCUAUGUGAUGUAAGAAAGCCUUUGAUGCCAGUAUUACAAUGGGUGCAUGGUAUUGACAAACCAUGCUACAUAACUGCAUUAAGCUUGUCUUUGUUGAGGUCCCACUCAAGGGAAAAUACUUUUAAGUUGGCUUCUGAAUCUGGAUUUUGCAUUUUAUUGGGAUCGUUUUGGAAUUCUGAGAUCAAUAUCUUCUGCUAUGGACAUUCAUUGCCAUUUCAAAAAGGAUCUAUUGCUUUGAAGCUUUCGAAGAUUAACACCACCUUUUGUGCUUGGGGGCUUCCAUUUGAGAUCAAUUUAUCUAGUUGCGAGUGUCAUUGUGGAAGUUGUCUCUUAAGGAAAGAGAUGUCAAAGGAUGCUCUUCCUGAGUGGAUUGAUUGGCAGCUAAAGAAAGAGAUAGUUUUGGGAUUUGGCAUUUUAAGCAAUGACCUUGCUGCCUUACUUUGUGAACCAAAUGAACAUGGUGGUUUUACUCUGGUAAGGCUAAUGUCCUCAGGAAAGUUUGAAUUGCAGAGAUAUCAUGCCUCUUGGGCUCCAGCUAGAAACUUAGCAGAUUGCCUCGAACAAGAAUUAUGUUUGGACCGACACUUUUUGUAUCCCAUGAGUGAUGAGAAAUACAAGUUUUCUAAAGUUUUUAAUUACUUAAAAUUCAAUUGUCUUUAUGCAUAUGCUAGUGGUAAUCUUACUCAAUUCCUAGUUACAAAACUAAAUGAUACCUGUAGAGAUGCUCAGGACAAGGAACCUUUUGGUACAGAAGUGCAUGAGUUAUUGUGUGAGAAAUUAAAUGCUUGUGGAUUUGGCCAAUCAAGAUCAUGUCCUGCAAUUACUGCAGUUUUUAAAGAUGUCAAGCUACCAGCAAGCUACCAUGAGGUUGCUUUAAGAAGAUUGUGGGCUGACUUGCCGUUGGAGCUAUUACAGUUGGCAUUUUUUAGUUAUUCUGAAUGUCGUGAAGUUGUUACAGACCCAGACCAAAAUAGUGUAGCUUUGCAAUUUUUAGCUGUUCCAAACCUUCCUCAAUUGCCUCCGUUCUUUUUAAGGAAAUCUUCACCUCACAGCAAUGAUUGCAUUGUAGGUCCAGUUAUUCCUUUUCCUGUUCUACUUGUGCUUAAUGAAUUUCAAAAUGGGUGCUCAGAUUUGGAAGGAGGUAAAUUUUCCAUCGAAGCAGAGCUUGACCUCAAAUACAAAGAAGUUAGGCGGGUGGCUGCUGAGAUUGCUGUUUCACCUGUUGGUUCUAUGCACUUUGAUGAUCAUGCAGUCUCACUUGCUGAUGAUGGAGAGGAAACAUGGGUUGGUUCUUCAAAACCAAAAUCUUUUUAUAGAUACCGUCCGGUUGCAUUCAGUUGCAGUGCCCCAGAUCUUGUACUGGGAAAUUCUGUUUGUAGUGAUGAAAUUUAUGAUACAUUUAUUUUUCAUAUUCCGGAGAAGAAGUCCAUUGAGCAGACUGAAUCUGUUGGGCAAGAGAUAUUUGAUGAUCUUUGCCCUAUUGAGUUGAGGUUUGAUGCUCCUGUGAAGAAGCUUGAACCCCAGGGUUUAAAGGUAUACGAUCUAUUGAAGAGACAGAUGUCUAAAUGGCAAAAAAGUUUUGAUUUGUAUAAGGAAUUCUGUACUCAAAAUAGGUCUGAAAAAGUAGUUAACGGGUGAUGCCUUCAUUAUUCAUCCUCGUCUUCUUAGAACACUGAUGAUAGAUGCAAAUGAAUUUUGUCCCCCACAAUAUGCUGCUUUUGGUUGAUCCUGGACACAAUACAAACAUUGUAAAUUUUUGUAAUGAAGCAAGUUUAAGGUAGAGGGAGGUGUUGUGCAGAUCGUGAAAGCACUAGCAAGCCAUCCAGCAGCAGUACAGAGCUAGAUAGAGGAUGAGUCACUUCAGUUGCUUUUUCAAAUGGAUGCCAAGGGAUCGUGGAUUAUUUUUUCUCGUUAUAAGGAAGGACUUGUUCCAUUGCACAAUAUAUAUACAACUUCAUAGACAUGCUAUGCAGGGUAUUCCACAUUUUGGACAUCUCUGUGGAGAUAUUUACAUCAGUAAGCAAGGUGUGAUUGGAGAGACUAUCUGUCCUAUAGGUGGGAUGGAACAUGUCCUUGCUCUUGUGGAAGCUGCAGAAACUACGGAUAUGUGGCCCUUAAUCUACUUGCAUGUGCUCUUCAUCAAUAUCCUUAAAAUCUUUAGGACAUGCAAACAUAUUGGAGCUACCGUCUGCUUGCUCUUUUCCUGCAUCUUAGAAUGUCAUUAUUUGACAUGCAAUCUCAUGGGGACAUGGAUGAUUUUUCUGUACAAAAAGAUUCGUCUAGUCACAUUUCAGAGAUGGAAAAUACUGAUAUUGCUGCUGAAAUUUCAAAUUGCAUUGUCUUGUCAAAUGCAGAUAUGGUUGAACAUGUCUUGUUGGAUUGGACAUUGUGGGUAACAGCCCCAGUUUGGAUUCAUUGAAAAUUUAGUGUUAUGCAUUGGUACAGAAAUCAUAAUCAUACAGUUUUGCGGCGAAUGAACCCUGUUCAACAUUUACUAGUGACUUUGCAAAGGGGUUUAAGUUGAAGUUCCCAUCCUAGAAAACCUGUGGUGCUUACAGGGAUUUACAUGCUGUUAAGAUAGCUAAAGAACUCUCUGCAGUGACAGAAGAGAUAACCUUGAAUGAUUGUGAUGAUACUUGCAGUUCCCAAAAUACAUUGUCUAGCUUGCCUCUGGAUCAGGAUCAGUCUGUCAAAACCUAUAUUAGUGUUGGAAGCUUUCCUCAAGGACAGGUAAGUACAGGUUCUGAUGAUAUGGCUGCGCCAGUGAACUAUAUGGCUCAUGAGAGAUCACAGAAUAAUAUUAUUGUAUCUGAGAUGGAGUCAACUAAAUCUGUGCGCGUAGAUAUAAAAACUAUAUUCAGAUGCAAAAUCUUCCUUAACUGCCACUCCUUUUGAUUCUUCCAUGUCUUCUGGGGAGAUUGAUCCAUCUUCAAAUGUGAAUAUAAAUGAUUCUGGACAUGGUGGUGGUGGUCCAUGUUCUGCAUGAGCUACUGCUAUGUUAGGUUACAUUGCAGAAGUCCUUUCUGUUUUGUGACAGAGCCAGUGAAAGCAUCACAGCUCAUAGAGAACAUAUUGGAAAGUUUUCCUCCAAGUUGAUGGUGAAACUAUGUUAGUUUUCCAGAGCCUGUGCCUUAGUAGAUUCAUAAACUUCCUUGAAAGGUGACUGUUGUGUGAUGAUGAUGAAGCUGAGAAAAAAUUGGAUAAGAUUCGCUGGUCCUCAAUGCCUUGUGCUGGAUGAUAGUGGAUCCUGUAUGCAUAGGUGCUAUUCCUUGGCCACUGAAGACACUAUCCUAAAAAGCAAGUGUAUUUUCACCUCCUUUACUUGGAUUAGAUUAUUGAUACGAAAUUACAUGAAUUGGGUUGGCCUUCAUGCGUUUUAAUUGAAGCUUGAUCCUCAAUGAGUGCAAAUAAUGGGUAAUUCGUGUUUUGAAGAUAACUAAAUGUAAUAUUAUUUUGUUAUUUUUAUAGAUUAUGGGUUUUUAAUGAUCCAAUUUAUAACAAUGCGAUUAAUAGGAUUU